AUGGAGCUGUACGUCGUGUCUCGCCUCGAUGACCUGAUGAACUGGAGUAAGAAGAGCUCCUUGUGGCCUCUUUCCUUUGGCCUGGCCUGCUGCGCCGUCGAGAUGAUGCACACCGCCGGCUCGCGCUAUGACUUUGAGCGUAUGGGUCUGCUCUUCCGCGCGUCACCUCGAUGCACCGACGUCAUGAUCGUCGCUGGCACCGUCACAAACAAAAUGGCUCCUGCUCUCCGCCGUAUCUACGACCAAAUGCCCGAGCCAAAGUUUGUCAUCUCGAUGGGAAGCUGUGCGAACGGCGGCGGCUACUACCACUACUCGUACUCGGUAGUACGCGGUGUGAAUCGCAUCCUUCCGGUGGACAUCUACGUGCCUGGAUGCCCUCCCACCGCCGAGGCGCUGCUGUUCGGUGUCAUGCAGCUUCAGAAAAAACUUAAGGGCAGCAAGUCGCUGGUGCUCAAGCUGCGCAAGUAA